AUGUAUGAAAACAUGUCCACAAUGGUGUAUUUAAAGGAAGAGAAGUUGGAGAAGCUCACUCAAGAUGAAAUCAUUGCCAAAACUAAGCAAGUGAUUAAUGGACUAGAGGCACUGAAGAAUGAACACAAUUCAAUUUUACAGAGCUUACUUGAAACACUGAAGUGUUUGAAGAAAGAUGAUGAAACUAAUCUGGUUGAAGAAAAAUCAAACAUGAUUCGAAAGUCACUGGAAAUGCUGGAGCUUGGCCUUAGUGAAGCACAGGUAAUGAUGGCCUUGUCAAAUCACUUAAAUGCAGUGGAAUCAGAGAAACAGAAAUUGCGUGCUCAGGUUCGCCGGCUAUGCCAGGAAAAUCAGUGGCUACGGGAUGAACUAGCCAAUACACAACAGAAACUACAGAAAAGUGAGCAAUCUGUGGCUCAACUGGAGGAAGAGAAGAAACACCUAGAAUUCAUGAAUCAAUUAAAAAAAUAUGACGAUGAUAUUUCACCAUCAGAGGAUAAAGAUACGGAUUCCACCAAAGAGCCUUUGGAUGACUUAUUUCCCAAUGAUGAAGAUGACCAAGGACAAGGAAUUCAACAGCAGCAUAGCAGUGCAGCAGCUGCUGCCCAACAAGGUGGCUAUGAAAUUCCAGCAAGAUUAAGGACCCUUCAUAAUCUUGUUAUUCAGUACGCUUCCCAAGGUAGAUAUGAGGUUGCUGUACCUCUCUGUAAACAAGCUCUUGAAGAUCUAGAGAAGACUUCGGGUCAUGAUCAUCCGGAUGUUGCCACUAUGUUGAACAUACUUGCUUUGGUGUACAGAGACCAGAACAAAUACAAAGAUGCAGCAAAUCUCCUGAAUGAUGCCUUGGCUAUCCGCGAAAAAACUUUGGGCAAAGAUCAUCCAGCGGUGGCAGCAACUCUAAACAAUCUUGCAGUACUUUAUGGUAAACGGGGAAAGUACAAAGAAGCUGAACCGUUGUGUAAGCGGGCUUUGGAAAUCAGAGAAAAGGUUCUGGGGAAAGAUCACCCUGAUGUUGCCAAACAGCUAAACAACUUGGCUUUACUGUGCCAGAACCAGGGUAAAUAUGAGGAGGUUGAAUACUACUAUCAGAGGGCACUGGAGAUUUACCAAACUAAGCUGGGACCAGAUGAUCCAAAUGUUGCGAAAACAAAAAAUAACCUGGCAUCCUGCUAUCUAAAACAGGGCAAAUUUAAGCAAGCGGAAACCUUAUACAAAGAGAUUCUUACUCGCGCUCAUGAACGGGAGUUUGGCUCUGUGGAUGAUGAAAAUAAGCCUAUUUGGAUGCAUGCGGAAGAGAGGGAAGAAUGCAAAGGAAAGCAAAAAGAUGGCACAUCUUUUGGAGAAUAUGGUGGCUGGUACAAAGCUUGCAAAGUCGACAGUCCAACAGUAACAACUACCUUGAAGAACCUUGGGGCACUUUACAGACGACAAGGCAAAUUUGAAGCUGCUGAAACAUUAGAAGAGGCAGCAAUGAGAUCUCGUAAACAGGGUCUUGACAAUGUUCAUAAACAGAGAGUUGCUGAAGUACUGAAUGACCCUGAGAGCAUAGAAAAAAGACGAAGCCGAGAAAGCCUCAAUGUUGAUGUGGUAAAGUACGAGAGUGGUCCUGAUGGAGGCGAGGAAGUGAGUAUGAGCGUAGAAUGGAAUGGGGAUGGCACUGGAUCUUUAAAACGCAGUGGUUCCUUUAGCAAACUUCGCGCUUCCAUUAGACGCAGCAGUGAGAAGCUGGUUAGAAAGCUGAAGGGAGGAAGUUCACGAGACAGUGAACCAAAGAAUCCAGGGAACGAAAUAAUUGUCUGACAGACUCGAGAGCUCUGAGUGUCAGUCAGACUGAUUUGGCGCAUUGAGAUUCUUGGACAGAAGCUAGCUAAUAUUCCUUGGUGAAUAAAGAAGCACUGAGACCUUCAAAGCUUUGGUUCCUCAUCAUCACGUAUAGGAACACCUAGUUUGUAGAUUUUGUUGUUUUUUUUCCAAUGGACUGCUGUUUUUACUUUUCUAAAUAGGAACGAUUUUAAACACAGCAUUAGUGGGUAUUUUCUUCUAAAGGAAAACUAUAUAGAUAUAUAUUGCUCAUUGCACUGCUCCCAUUCAUGCUACUUACGUUGAUUUCUUGAAUAGAUCUGAAUAUUACAGCAGCCAAAAAAAAAGUAAAAAUACAAACAUAUUUAAAGCAUACCAAAAUGCAAAGAUGUUUGAAAAUGCAGGCAAAAUUAAAUGUGUAGCAGUAAAUAUAUACAGUGCUGGAAUGAGAAAAGGAUGAAUUUAUGUGCAUUACUGUAUAAAUUCAAAUUGAGCAUACUGUAUUGGUGGGGCUUUCCUUUGCACCACGGAUUGUUGUAAUGUUAGAAACCUUAGCAGGCAAAACAGCACUUAGACACGGCUUACUUAACCACUAGAUUGAGCUACUAAAUUUUACAGAAGAGAUGGUUGGGGUUACAUUACAUAUAGAUAGCAUGAAUAGCAAUACCUGUGACCAUAACUUUGAUACUUGUUGAUAUAAGUCUUAGGGCACAAUAAUGGAUGGAGAUAGGAUGGUUCAUGUUGAUCAGGA